AUGAAUGUUUGGCUCUUCUCUCGAGCCUACAUCGCCCUCGGCCCAGGCGGCGUCCCGCACAACGCCCUAGGCUGGCUCAUUGUCGCACUCGGCCUCCGCCCCUUCGCCCUCUCCAAAAGCUCAGCGACUUGGACAGGCGAUUACCCAGACCAAGGAUCCCACGCCGAAAUCCGGGAUUUGCCUGAGAGGAAGGGUGAGAGGGCCGAGUUGGGCGGGAUCGUGCCGCAUCGGCAACUGAGUCAGCAUGCGCCGGAGAAGAUGAGAGAGUUCAUCGAAAACCUCUUCGCCAACGCAGUAACACAGAACCCGUCCCUCCUAACCACAAAACUCUCCCUCUACGAACGCAACAACCCAGCCCUCUUCCUCCAUCCCCAAAUCCUGUCCUCCCUCAUCUCCUCUUCCUCUUCUUCUCCCACAACCACAUCCUCAUCCCAAUCAACACCCGUCAUCGCCCGCGGCGAAAUAGCCCACCACCACACAGACCUCUCCAUCCACCUCUACCUCUCCCCCGCCGACGCCAAACUCGCCAUCCAAAAACGCUGGGCCGAGCGUCACCGCCUCUCCCUCCCCAAGGGCUCCUUCUUAGCCAACAGGUUACAUCUCGCGGAUUCGUAUCUCAUGGUCUACGGGCCGCGGGACGUGGAGGAGAUAGAGGUGCUGGCUGAGCUGUUGAGGUGUGGGGUGCGGUUCAUGACGGGGAGGGAGGAUGUUGGUGUGAUUGAGUGGCGAAGGAAGAUUCAAGCAUGA